UCGAUCCUUGCUUUCACGAUAGAUGCCGAUGGAAGAAAAAGUCGAACUUUUGAAAUGUCUCAAAGAAAAUAUUUACAAUGGCGAAAAUAUGAUAGAGCGACUGAAGAUCAUGGAGAAGGUUAAUGGGGUUGACAAGCUUAUAAGAAAAAUACAGCAAGAGAUAAGAUUCUUGAAAAAGGUACAAUCAACAGGAAAUGUUAAGAAAGAACAUCUACAAAGUACAAAUUUAAUUCAUCUUGAUGCAAUGGUGAUGCGUCUAUUUAAUUCCAAAGAACCAACUGGUGUAAUGAAACCUUUCAAAUACGAAGGAUCAAGAUUGGAAGUAGACAUUGUCUGUAUGAACGGAGGAUCUUGGGUUAAAGUUAUUGCUAGAAAUGCUAGGGCUCUUACUUUGAUAUCGCUUGGUAAUGGUGAAUAUGGCCAAAAGUCUAUCCUAGAUCAAGCAGAAUUCUAUUUGCAAUGCGCCAAGCAUCAUCCAUACUUAUACAAAUCACCUGAAGUUGUAUUUUAUUUUGCAUAUGGUAUAGAAGAAAUAUUAGCAAAACGCUUAGAAUCCAUAGGUAUUACUGUGGAAGGUGACAGAAUAAAUAAUUAUGAAAAUGAAAAUAAUGAGAUAGAGAUAGAUGAAACAUUAUUUGUUUCACAUCUUAAUGGAAGGAAACCAAGUGAAGAAUUCAAAAAGAGUCCUGUUUUUGAUCUGGUCAAUUUAAAUCCGACAUCAAUUGCAGAGGAGAUCCAAAUUCUGAAUUUAGAUGUUUCAACGUUAUUGGCAUAUGUUUCUAAUAUGACUAAUGGAUAUGAUCAUUUUGUAUACAAGGAACCAUUAUUAACGCAACAAGCUGAAAUGGAAAGGAAAAGGCCUGUUAAACCAAUUCUAGAUAAAUUAUUUAAAGGAAAAACAAUUGUCAUUUGUCAAACUGCCUACAAGAAUUUUAUGAAUAUCAUAGAUGUAAUUGGUGGUCCUAAAGAAACAUUAAGAGCACAGGAAUUAUUAAAACGAGUGAAAAUUGUAGAUGAUGUACAAACUGGCAGGAUUAUGGAACAAUUGAGCUUAGGUGGAAAAAUUAAGGAUAGAUCACGGUUAGUUUUUGCUAGCGGUGAAAACAUGAAAAGUAUUACUGUUUCUGCGAAUGAAGGUUUCGUUAGAGCAGCUCGAAUGCAGGGCAUUGAGUGUACCGUCUUCCUACACGAGCCAAGAUCACUUUCUGAAAAUAAAGAACUCUAUGCCACAGAGAUUGAUAAAUUUUGAUAUUAAUUAUAUAUUUUUAUUUAUAUUAUAAAAUAUCAUUAAUAUCUAUUAAGUGCUUAUUUUAUAAACAUUUUUCAAAGUACUUUUCUAUUAAUUAAUGAUCAAAUAUUAGAAUUGGAUAAUGAUUAAUUGUUACUG